AUGGCAAAAAUCAGUAAGUGCCUUGAUCGUGUGAUCAAAUUCCUCACUCAGAAUCAGGGUUCCCCGGCUGCGGAAAUACUUGCCAUGAUCCAUAUUCAGAUUAGUCGGAUCAGGAUCAAGGGUCAGAAAGAUCGCAUAGCGGACAGGGCAGAUAAGAAGGCUGAAGCAAAGCAUGGCAUGAGUUGGAUACUACUUUUGAAGGCUGCGAUUGUGGGAUUUGUUCUGGGAUAUAAUGCCAAUAUCAGCAUCAAGGGCUUCCACAUUCAUUCGGAGGUACAUGGGUAUGAGACUUUUAAUUUUGAUCGCUACAUGGGUAACUUGGAACCCCUGGGGCUUGAACGGUAA